AUGGUUUGGGUGAAAUAUGUGACCUUGGUGAGAUGCGUAUUAGCCGGUGAUGGCAACAGCUUGUCGUUUGUGCAGUUGUCUCGGCGUAUCGUUGUUCUUUUAAAGCUGAGCACAUCAGCAGCAAAACUGUGCUAA